AAUUAAUUAAUUAAUUAAUUUUUAUUUUUAACUUUCUCAGUUUCUCCUCGCUAUUUUCCUUUCCUGCGGUUUCUGGGCAGCCAGCCAGAGCUAGACACUGGUUGACUCUGAUAACGUGAUGGGAAAUGGUCUCUGUUCUAGUCCAAAUGCUUGAUACCAUACGAGUGCGAGAGAGAUAGGACUUAGGAGGGAGACAUUGCAGAAGAGGGAUCAUGCUUCCCAUCAUCAUCUUCGCGCUACUCUCCCUACUGAAUCUUGCAACUUCAUCGUCCCAAUCCCAAGCGGACCCCUCAGUACCCUCCGCCAAUCCCCCGCUGACACCCGUCUGCAUCAUCGGAAGCGGAGUCGGAGGUUCCUCGGUGGCUCACUUCCUCCGCCUUUACUCUACUGCCCCUGUCGGUGACAUCCGAAUCUUCGAACGGCACAAUGUCGUUGGCGGGCGGAUGGCCACCGUGAUGGUGGCAGGCGACGUCUUCGAAGCCGGGGCCUCUAUUCUUCACCCCAAGAACUUCCACGCCCUCAACUUCUCCAAGCUCCUCAAUCUCACAAUCAAGAAACCCUCCUCGUCUUCCUUCUCCUUCGGCAUAUGGGAUGGAGGGAAGUUCAUAUUCAAAACUCUAAAUUCUAAAACGAAGUUUCCUAUAUUUGACAAGAUUGUUUCUCUCACCAAUUCAGUUAUCAUGUUCUUCCGCUAUGGUUUUUCGCUUUUCAGAAUGAAUAACUUUGUGGAGAGGACUGUGGAUAAUUUCCUGAAGUAUUAUGCUAGUUUUGAAUCAAGGCCAGUCUUUGAGACUGUCGAUGAGAUGCUUAAAUGGUCGAGUUUGUACAAUCUCACUGGUCGCACAUUGCAGGAGGAGCUCAUUGAUGCUCAGUUGUCUCCCUUGCUGAUACAAGAGCUUGUCACUGUCAUUACAAGAAUCAAUUAUGGCCAAAGUGUUAGCAUUAGUGGACUUGCUGGUGCAGUUUCCUUGGCAGGGUCUGGCGGUGGAUUAUGGUCAAUUAAAGGAGGGAACUGGCAGAUAGCUGCUGGAUUGAUCAAUAAUUCAGAAGUUGCAUUGCACCUUAAAGAAGAAAUAGAAUCUAUAUCUAACCUUGGAGCCCAUUAUGAGCUUAACUCUACCAAAGGAAGCCGUUACACUUGUCGAAUAACAGUGGUUGGUACCCCAUUGGACGAGUUGAAUAUUCAUUUUAACCCUCCAAUUUCAAUUCCUCCAAGGAAAUUACAAAGAACACAUGCAACCUUUGUGAGGGGCCUUUUGAAUCCGGCAUAUUUUGGCAUGGAAGCUAUAUCAGAAAUUCCAGAGCUAGUGGGCACCAUAGAGGAUCCUGACCUUCCAUUCACAAGCAUUUCAGUUCUCAAGCAGUACAAUGAGACAGAAAUUACUUACAAGAUAUUCUCUCGUGAGUCGAUGUCCGAUACAAUUCUAGAUCACAUCUUCAGUGCAAGGAGGGAAACAAUUCGAAUAAAUUGGGCUGCAUACCCUCAUUACAGCGCUCCUGAAGUGUUUGCACCAUUUAUAUUGGAUGGUGAGCAUCUUUACUAUAUUAAUGCUUUUGAGAAUGCGGCCAGCACCAUAGAGACAAGUGCUGUUGCAGCUGAGAAUAUAGCGCGACUCAUCCUUUCAAGGUCUUUUGGUCAGCUGCCAUCAAACUUGAAGAGCUCCACCCCUGAUGAAGGGGGUCUGCAUUUAGAUUUGUAAUUUUGACGUAUAGUUGUUGAAAAUGUGCAAGACUUUUUGGGAUUGAAUAACAUGUACUUAAACAAAUAGUUUGUUUUUAUAAUUCAACAAAAGAAUACGAAAACGAUGCAUUUAGUCAAUCAUGCAUCCCUUCUUAGAUUCAUAUGUAACUAAUCUAAAAUGCAAUGACACUUCCAGAAA